GCCAAGGACAAGAUUGUUGGUCGGUAGGCCUACCUACAUGGACGCCACAAGAAAACAUGAGUCGCCACCACGUCGCUUAGCCCACUUGGCCGCCGGGUGUCAUCUUUCUGGCGGAGUAUGACCCUCUCCCAGUCCUGGGACCUGCUGGGAGAAAUUCAAUGCAUCAUAGGAUACUAUAAAAGCAGCGAAUACCGACUGCAUGGAAUGACCACAUUCUUACCCCAUCUCUGAUGCCGAAGGACUUCACUGUUGCGAUUGUAGGCGGGGGACUAUGCGGACUUGCUACUGCUUAUCCGCUGUCAAAAGCUGGUAUAUCGGUCAAAGUGUUCGAAGCAGCGCACAAGUUCGAAGAAGUGGGCGCAGGGGUUGGCUUUGGUCCCAACGCUAUACGAGCUUUAGAAGGUCUUGGUGUUCUUCCUGCUAUUCUUGCUCGUUCUGGUGAAGACAAACCGGUACAACGACUGUUCAAGUUCGUUGAAGGCUAUGCUCCGCACAAGCUCGUUUUCGAUUAUGAAACGACGAAUACAACGAAUUUAGGAUUGGGUAUAUACAGACCUGCAUGCCUAGAUGCGUUGAUCAGCCUUCUAGAUCCCUCCAUCACUCAAUUCAACAAGCGAUGUACCUCCAUAUCUACCUUGAAGUCAGGUCUCACUAGAAUCCAUUUUGCGGACAAUACAACGUACGACGCUGACAUCGUCAUUGGAGCGGAUGGGAUUCGAAGUGCCACUCGGAAGUUUGUCGUGGGAGAGAAUACUCAGUCAUUGGUUUUCACCAACACCGUCGCUUAUCGCGGUUUGGUCCCUCUCGAGGACCUUGUUCAUGCAGGCAUUCAAACGGAUCUCUCAGUUCGACCCACGAAUGUCAUUGGUAUUGGAAAGCACAUCAUCUGUUUCCCCAUCAUGAAGAAUACGGUGAUCAACUUCGUAGCUUUUGUAGCACAACAUGACUUGCCCAAAGGCCCACAACUGCCUAUGCCCUGGGUCCAAGCCGUUACCCACGAAGAACUAAAGUCCAACUUCGCAGACUGGGGUCCAGACGGACAGAUCAUCGUCGAUCACCUCAAAAAUCCAAGUAAAUGGUCGAUCCACGCUUGUAUACCCCCCUUACAGAGUUACGUUCGUGAGAGGGUGGUUUUGGUGGGUGAUGCGGCGCACGCAAUGCUUCCCCAUUUAGGUGCCGGUGUCGGCCAAGGAUUUGAAGAUGUUUAUGUUCUCACUAGGCUUCUUACUCAUCCGCAAACCAACAAGAGCAAUCUUAAUCGGAUUCUCGCUCACUAUAAUGAGAUCCGUCCUCCUCGUGCGAAUGAUGUUCUAGGAAGAAGUACGAAGGCGGCGGAGAUCUAUGAUAACUAUGGUCCUGGAGGAUUUGACGCAAACGAGACAGAGGCACUUCUACGGGGGCAAUGGGAACCUGUGUGGAAUUAUGACGUUCGGGAUGUUAUAGAGGCUUCAUUCCAGAAACUACACGAUAAUGGGGUCUUCGUGGAACAACACACAAAAUUAUGAGGUUUGUCAACAAUCAUCAAUUGCAAUGGGAACGCUUAUUUUGAUUCGAGUCCAAUUCAGUUAUAUCCAUUAAGGUAUCUAUCUAUCAAGACAUAAUAUGAGCUCUAUGAAUGGUUAUUUGGGGG